AUGUCAUCCGCUACCCUGCCUGAGAAGGCCCCUGAUGAUUCCUCCAAGUUGAAAACGUUCCUCUCCAUUCUGCGCAAGUUCGUGGGUGUGACAGAUAUCGCCUCGGUUCGUUUUUCCUUGCCAGCUCAACUACUGGAGCCGCGACCAAAUUUAGAAUAUUGGAACUACCUGGACCGACCGGAGACCUUUGCGAGUAUUGGCACAUCCGACGAUGAACUAGGUCGCAUGCUGGAGGUGUUGAAGUUCUGGUUCACGAAAGAUCUGAAAUAUAUCAAGGGCAAGCCAUGCAAGCCUUAUAACUCGACCUUGGGUGAAUUCUUUCGAUGCAGCUGGGAUGUAGAAGAUAUUGCACCCCAGGAAACCAAUCUUCCAGGCGUCGACGCAAAUGGAAACGGCACUCUCAUCAAGGAUGGUAAUGAGAAAGUCAAAGUGUGCUAUUUGACCGAACAAACCUCGCAUCAUCCGCCCGUCUCUGCCUUCUACAUUGACUGUCCCGAACGGGGUGUUUCCGCACGAGGAUUUGACCAGCUCAGCGCCAAGUUCACUGGCACGAGCAUUCGAGUGAGCCCUGGCCUACACAAUCUGGGUAUUUUUGUCAAUCUUGAGAAAAGGGACAACGAGGAAUACCAGUUGACACAUCCCCAUGCACACCUGGGGGGUCUAUUGCGAGGUGCUUUGGCGAUCACGGUAUCAGACGCAUGCUACGUCACCUGUCCCAAGACCGGCAUGAAGGCUAUCCUGCAAUACCUAGAGGAAGGAUGGAUCGGCCGCUCUCAGAACCGAAUGGAAGGUGUAGUUUUCCGUUACAACCCCGAAAAGGACAAUAUCACAAGGUUGAAGGAUGUUACAGAGAGUGAUGUUAUUGCACGAAUCAGCGGGUCCUGGCACGGCAAGAUAUAUUACACCCCAGCAGGCUCCAAGGAACCUAUUCUGCUCAUCGACAUUGAACCUCUCUACCCUGCUUCGAAGGAUCUGCCCCCCGACGAGGAGCAGCUUUCCAACGAAUCUUUGAAAUUCUGGGGAGAAGUGACGGACGCCAUUGUGGGUAAACAGUUUACCCAAGCGACCAAGCUCAAGCAGGACAUUGAGGAACGUCAGCGUCAGCGGGCAGCUGAGCGUAAAGAACAAGAUAUUGAAUGGAACCCGCGCUUCUUCACUGGUGCAGUCACUCCGCUAGGAAAACCCGAGCUGACUGAAGAGGGUCAGAAGGUCUUGCAGGGAAUCCGGGAUGGGAAUUAUGUCUUAGAGGAAAGUACAGUGCAAGGCGCAUAG